GUCUUCUUUGUCACGGUCAUUUUGAUCCUGAUUCUUGGGGAAUUUAUGAAUUGUCGAUGUUCGCCCCUCGACAUGUUCCAGCUGUCUCCCAGGAGCAGCGCAGAAUCAAUUGCUCUACUGUCAUUCGGAGUAUGCUAAUGACCCUUUGUUGAUAAGCAGGUAACACCAUGUUCGCCCGGUCCUUCGCCUUUCGGGCCUUCUCGCACCAGUGUCCCAAGGGCCCUGUGUCGCCUAAAAUCUCUCCUUCGGCUCCAGUAUGGAGGUAUUUCGCCUCAAGUGCUGCGCGAACGAAAAGCGCCGCGAAGGGCAAGCAACCACAGCUCCCUGCGAAGCCCGCUGCGCGGACCAAGCCCGUUGGCAAUCCUGAAGAGACGUUAAAGUUCGCGGGAAGACGGCCAGAGGGUUUUGGAAAACUCGAGCGUAAGGUUGCCAGAGAAGGGCAAAUUCUCCUCUUUCGGUCUCCGUCGCAUCGGAGUUACAUCCUAGGAGCCUAUGGCGUCGCCGCGUUUUGCUUUGCCUACUCGGUGUACAACUCCAAGAUUGUCUUCCAUGAUCCAAUUAUGCCUCUUCCCACGUGGCAAAAGACUCUAUUUGGCGGAAUAUGCAUCGUGAUGAGUGCCAUGGGCACCGUCUUUCUCAUGAAAACCCAACGCUUGAUCAAGACGGUCACUGCCGUCAGCACUAAUGCCGGAGCUCAACUUCGUUUCAAUGUCCGAAGCACCAUUCCCUUCCGCAAGUCUUAUGAGUUUGAUGUUGUGCCUCGUCAAAUCGCCUUCUCCCGUCGUCUGGUGGUCGCGCCUGAGUCUGUCCAGCGCAUGCAACAGGGUGAAAUGGCUUCAAGCACCCCGCCGUCUCAGCCGAGUUUCUUCCGGGCGCCCGUCAAAAGAACGAGUCUUCUCUGCUGGCGUCUUUUCCGGUCUGUACGACAGCUCUUCACUGGCGAGGAUUUCAUCCUCCUCGAGGUGGAGGGUCAGAAGGGGGCUUUCCGAAUGGACUCUACGGGAUUCGUGUCGGAGGACUUCUUGGUCAUUGGAAAUCCGCUGAGCGUCAAGCCCUCUCAUAGGUCUUGAGAUUUGGGAAUCAAAAGCUGCUAAGUCGGUGAUCUAUACUAUAGUAUCUCUUUCUGUCGAUGUCUUAACUACUUGUUUGUACUUUUCUGCCGCGACAUUUUACAGCAUCUGCAGCAUAUUCCCGUGUACAUAUACAAAUC